UUCUACUUAUAGUGUCGCGGGACGGACAAGUCGUAAGUUGAGUCUCUUAAACCAGACACUUUCUUUUCAUCUGUAGUAUGCUGUUUAUGUGUGAUUUGUUUUAAAAGUCAACAAGUGUCUUUAGAUUUCAGUUAUUUACUGUGUUCACCGUUAAUAAAUUACUCUAUUUUUGUUGACAGUAAUCGGAAUCAAUUUUACUGAUGACAAAUCUAUUUUUUAUUUAUAAUUGAUUUAAUCUUCAAGAAAUUUGAAAUUUUUUAAAUGGCAAAAACAAAACAGUGACGUGUUGAUUAUUUUAACAAGAUUAUUGUAGUACAAGUUUUAGUUUUGUUGACUUUAAAGAUAACUAUUGAUUAUGAGUUUUUUAAAAUAAUACUCCACAGAUAAUAUAGUUCAAAUUCAUUGGGCUCAUUUUUUCAUUUUUCCAUUAUCUAAAAUAGUGAUAUAAAUUAUUAAUCAUAGUAGUUAUGGAUAGAACGAUGUAUGAAAAAGUACACUAUGGACCAACUUAUCGGCCUUACAGAAUUACAUUAAGGAGAGGCAGAGAUGCCGAGGCUCCGGGAUAUGCAUUGUUAGCUGAUUUACAAAAUACAGUAUCGUCUGAUGGAAACCAUCAUUUAAACAAUAAAACAACACCAGGAUAUGGAUCAUUGAAUGGUAGUAGGACUCAUUCAUCAAAUAACUACCGAUCUUAUGACAAUCGAACGUCACCGUUACCUCCUCAAUCGCCGACCUAUCAAAAUCGUGAAGUCAUAGAAGAGACUGUAAAAACUUCAGUACCCUACCAACCAUCAGGAAAAAUGCCAUCUUUGAAUAAUAAUCUAUCAGAAUUAGAUACAUUACUUCAAGAUCUAAGUAAUGCACGUUACAAUUCUCAUUCCAUAGAACGUGAUACAAGAUCAUCUGCUGGAGCUUUAAGUAAUGGUGCAAUAAGUCCAAUGAUGAGAUCUCCAAGUAGUUUAUCAGCAUCACGUCCAACUGUAGAUGCUCUAUUAGAAGAAUUGAAUACUGCAGUACCAAAUGGAGAGUAUGGUCAUGAGGGGAGGGUAAAAGUUACAAUUCAAGAAACAUCAACGGAAGUUCAACCAGUUUAUGAAAGUCAUCUAGGGCAGCAAAAUUCGUUAGAACGGUCGAUUGAAUCACAUCGGAGCUACGCUAAUGGUCAUACUGCUAGUAGUGCAACAAAAGAGCUAGAUGAUCUAAUGGCCUCUCUUUCUGAAUUCAAGAUAAAUAGUAGUACUCAUCAACAUCAGACAGUGACAGAUUCACCCUACGCAAAGCCGAACAAGGCGACGAAGAGUGCUUCAAGUCCGUUACUCACGGAAUCUGGUGGAUCAGCACAAACUCGCAUUCACUUUUCUGAAACCCACACAUCACACCAGUACCAGCCACAGCAAGGCGAGAGUAGUCAUACAGUGACAACCCACGUCAAGCAAAACCAGUUAGAUUCUAUGCUUGGUAAUCUCCAAGCAGACAUGAGUCGUCAAGGUAUCAAUACAACCCAGAAAGGAUGCUGUAAUGCUUGCGAGAAGCCUAUUGUCGGCCAGGUUAUCACUGCCUUGGGUAAAACGUGGCAUCCAGAACAUUUUACCUGCACUCACUGUCGUGAGGAGCUUGGAACUCGUAAUUUCUUUGAACGAGAAGGUCAUCCAUACUGUGAGAAUGAUUACCACAAUUUAUUCUCGCCUCGGUGUGCCUACUGCAAUGGGCCUAUUUUGGAUAAAUGUGUGACUGCUUUGGAAAAAACUUGGCACACAGAGCAUUUCUUUUGUGCUCAGUGUGGCAAGCAAUUUGGUGAAGAUGGUUUUCAUGAACGUGAUGGCAAACCUUACUGUCGUGAAGAUUACUUCGAUAUGUUUGCUCCUAAAUGUGGCGGAUGCAAUCGCGCAAUUAUGGAAAAUUAUAUCUCAGCGCUUAAUAGCCAGUGGCAUCCAGAUUGCUUUGUUUGCAGGGACUGUCGACAAAAAUUUCAAGGCGGUUCCUUCUUUGAUCAUGAAGGUUUGCCAUAUUGUGAAACACAUUAUCAUGCAAAACGUGGGUCUCUUUGCGCUGGCUGUCAUAAACCAAUUACUGGCCGUUGUAUCACUGCAAUGUUUCGUAAAUUUCAUCCAGAGCAUUUUGUCUGCGCCUUUUGCCUUAAACAGCUCAAUAAAGGGACAUUCAAAGAACAAAAUGAUAAGCCUUAUUGCCAUGGUUGCUUUGAGAAGCUCUUUGGUUAAUUAUUUAAUAAUACAAGGAUAAAAAAAUGUUUUCUAAAUAUUAAAUGAAAAAAUAUCAGUUAAUUUUUAUAAAUUUUGAAUUUUAUUUUGCGUUAGAUAAAUAAAAAAAAGUCAAGAAAAUAAAUAAGGUAAUUGUGCAGAAUUGGGACGUUGCCUCUUUUAGACUGUUAAAAAAUAUUUUUGUUAUUUUAGAAGUUUUUAAUUUCUUGCUAAUUGGGGACCCUCGAGCGACAAAAAAAAAAUGAAAAAAAAAACGGAGAAUUUCCGCUUUGCGAAUUCUAAGAUUUAAUAGAUUUAUACGGAAUAAAACUUACAUAAAAAAAUUGUUGAUGAUUUUGCUAGUGAAUGAAGUCAUCUGAGCUUGAGUAUCCAUGUGGAAUGUAUUUUUUCAUUAUACCAGCAUCGAAACUUCAAGUUUCAGUGUCUCUACAGCCCGUAGAAACAAGCUAAUUUCAAGCCGAUGCUUCAAUUAACUGCUAGCGAAUUCGUAAUUCAAAAAUACCUUCAUACAGCGAGCAGAAAAAAUUUUGUUUCUUCCCUUGGGAAGAAACACUAUUGUUUCUGCCCGGUGUCAGUUAUAUUUAAUGUUAAUUUUCUCACCUCCGGGCGGAAAGCGUCACUUUCGUCCCGCUGUGCAAAACGAAGUUGCCGCUUUCCGCCUCCGUCGAGGAGAAAAAUAGUAUACACUCCUCGGAAAGUAAAUUAGAACGACUCAAAUCACAUGUUUGUUGAGACAUUUCUUUACUUCCCUAGGUGUGUAAUAUACUAUUGCAGCCUUGUUACUCUCAUUUAUUUACUUGUCACUUCAGUUUACUCAUUUCAUUUUUUAAGUGACAAUCUUAAUUAACCAAAUAAAAUUACUAAAAAAUGAGUGAAAAUAAUAUUUUUGUAUUAUUUACUAUUUAAUAAGUGACUGUAAAUCACAUAUUUCUCAUUCUCUAACAAUUCUCCGCAUCAUCGGCUUGAAAAUAACUUGUUUUUUACUGGCUGCUGACAUUGAAUCUUGAAAUUCCGAUGCAGGUAAUCAUGAAAAAUAUAGUGUGUGACAAGGGAUGAAACAAGACGAUUUCAGACUAGGGUGAGGUUGGCUGCCCGAGCCGCAGGCGAGGGCUGACAUCACCCGCAGUCUGAAAUCGUGUUUUAUCCUGAGUCACACACUAUACUAUUAAUUAAUAAUUUUCGAAGUUUGGGGAUAUUAUGGGAACCAUGGACUGUUUAAACAGACGACAUUAAAAAAAAAAACAAAAAUAAAAAAUAAUAACGAUUAUUCUAAUAAAAAUACAGUAAAUUUAUGAUACAGUGAUAGAUAACAAAAAAUUAUAUUUAGGAAAAAAUAAAUGAAUUUGGGCUGGAAUAGAACUAAAAAAACUAAAAUUGUAAAAAAUUAGAAUAGUUUUGUACAAUUUGUCAAACUUUAUGGUUUUACUUAAUUUCAUUUAGUGAUAAAAUAUUUUCAGAAAUCGAAGUAUUUUUUCUUACUAAAAAAAAAAUGUGUACGUGCACACUGUGGGAAACAAGGUAAAAUGAUUAUUUUUUUUCCUUUUUCUUUAUUUAAAGUCGCUUGUUUUGACAAUUCACGGCUGUCAUAAUACCUUGAAACGUUGGAGUUAAUUAAAAUACUUACCGUACGAAUAUUCCAGUUUAGAAAAUUUGAUCUGCUAAUGAAAACACGAAGAAAUUUUCUAUGUAAAUUUUAUUCCAUAUAAAUCUAUUUUCUAAAAAUUUUCUAAGCUAAAAUGUUCGGCUUCUUUUCAUUUUUUUAAUCGCUGAAAGGCCCCUAAUCACUUAUUUGAGAUAGUGGAAUGAUGAACAAAAUAAAGUAAUCGCAUAAAAUUAAUUUCUGAACAAAUUACUUUUUUUAAAAAAAAAAAAAAAAAAAUAACAAAAAAGUAACUUUACAAGUGAAAACAUAUUGCAUCUACUAUCGCAUAAUUACCAAUGCAAUACUAGCGUUUUUUAUUAAUAGAUUUAAGUUAUUUUGUCAGUUUUAACUUUAUUGACAAGACAUUAUAAUCAUUCACUUUUAUUAUGAUUGAAACUAUAAUUUUUAAUAUGAUUGAAAUUUAUAAAACAGAAGUGCUUUAAGAAUAAUUUUGGUUUCACUACCAAUAGUUGUAUUUAUAUAAUGUGUAUAGAAAAUUAGAAAAACUAAUGAUUCAUUUUGUUCGACUAUGAUAUUAUGGAAUUUUUAUAAUAUUUUUCAUUAAUCUUUUAUUUUUAAUUCAAAUAAUAUAAUUACUUUUAAAUACUAAUGAUUAAUGGUACUAUUAAUACAGUAUUAAUAUUACUAUCAAUAACUAAUCAAUAUAGAUGAUAUACCUAAAAAAUAAAAAAAAUAUAUAUAUAUACUAGGGUGAUCCAAAAAAUAACAAAUUUUUUGGAACACCCUAAUAUAUACACAAUAUAUAAUUAAGAAUGAAAAAAUAAUAAAAAAAUUAAUUAAAAAGUUGUACUCUGAUAAAAAUUUGAUCUAACAAAGUAAAUAGUUAAAUUAUAAUAAAGACAAUCAAAUCAUUAAAACUUAAGUAUUUAUGAAUGAGUUAUAUAUAAAUUUACAAAAAAUUUGAAAAUGAUUAAAUUAAUUCAUUGAUUUUCCAUUGUUUCAAAAUUAUUUGGCCAAUUCGGUUUCUUGCUUGAAGUAUGUAGAUCUCCAUGUAUUAAAUUGUUUUACCCUGAUUAAAAAAAAUGAUUUAGAUGAUUUACAAUGUUAAGUGUUCGUAAGAGUAAUGAUUUUAAGUUAUUUAAAUAUUUGAAAUUAUUUAAAAUGAUUUGAGUUAAAAUUAUUUUAAUUCUUGAUCUAAGUAGAGCAGAGUUCAGAACGGAAAAACAGAUGUACAAGUAAUGGCAAAAUGGAUGUGCUCAGAAGGGCAAUAAGCCAAAUUAGCCAAUUCAAUAUACAUAAUAAUUUUUUGUUACAACUGUAAAUUAAAAUUUUUAAUACUUUAAACACUUCAUUGGUUCAGACCAAUUAGAAGACCUAUGUAACAAAAAAAUCAAACCAAAAUAAAGUAAAAGUAUGCAUUGUAACUGAUAACUGUAA